UGAUCAAGGCGUGAUGCGAGAAAACAGCCGUGUAAAAUCGUCGAACACAGUUCCUUAUGGCGUCCGUUAUCCUGUUAUUUUGCCAAGGAAACAUAGAUUAACUGAAUUGCUUGUUGAUUGGUAUCACCGUCGUUUUCAUCAUGCUAAUUCUGAGACUGUAGUGAAUGAAAUCCGUCAGAGCUAUGCAAUACCAAAACUCCGUCAAGUUGUAAAGAAAGUGUGCGCUGAUUGCCAAAUGUGCAAAGUCAGGAACGCAAGACCUUCUCAUCCUAUCAUGGCGCCAUUACCAGCUGCUAGAUUAGCCGAUCAUGAACGCCCAUUCACCUUUACUGGGCUUGACUACUUUGGACCGCUGUUUGUGAAAGUAGGACGUUCAUCAGUGAAGAGAUGGGUAUGUUUGUUUACUUGUCUAACUACACGCGCCGUACAUUUGGAAGUGGCGUUUGACUUAUCUACUGCUUCGUGUAUCUUCUGUGUCCGCCGUUUUAUUAGCCGCCGGGGAGCGCCUCUGGAAUUCUACAGUGAUAAUGGGACGAAUUUCCAAGGAGCGUCAAGGGUAUUACGAGAACAAAUUAAUCGGGGCUUAGCCAAUACAUUUACGAACUGUCAAACGAAGUGGACUUUUAAUCCGCCAGGGGCUCCUCAUAUGGGGGGCGUGUGGGAGAGACUCGUUCAAUCUGUCAAGUGUGCAAUUAAAGGCGCGUAUGAAGAGGGUAAAUUAAAUGAUGAGGGGUUGCAAACACUUUUAGUAGAAGCUGAAGGCAUAGUUAAUAGUAGGCCUCUGACGUACUUACCUUUAGAUGCAGCAGAAUACGAAGCUCUUACCCCUAACCACUUCUUAUUGGGAAGCUCGAACGGGGUAAAGCAACCAGCUGUACCAGUAGAAGAAAAUCGUAAACUGAAGACUACCUGGGAUCUUAUACAACAUGAGCUGGAUGUUUUUUGGAAACGUUGGCUUAAGGAAUACAUGCCAAUCAUACGUCGUCGAUCUAAAUGGUUUAAACAAGUUCGGUCAAUUGAAGUUGGGGACUUAGUCCUGGUGGUCGAUAACAAAGUGAGAAACGGAUGGAUGCGAGGACGUGUUGAGGAAGUGGUUGCUGGGUCAGACGAUCAAGUUCGACAAGUUUACGUGAGGACAGCCAAUGGACUUCUACGUCGAGCGGUUCAUCACCUUGCUUUAUUGGAUGUUGGACGAGCUAGUGCAGUCUCUGAGGAUACCGAGAUGCACCCGAGGGAGGAUGUCGGCAAACAGGCAACCCUGCCGUAAUCAUCACGGUUGGAAAACCGAUUUACGUAAUGAUAGUUAAUGAUGACAGGGAAACGAACGGAAAGACCGCAUGUGGUUAAGUCAAAUUGUUACAAGCGUGUACAUCGUGAGUUGGCAUUUUAUGUGCAUUAGUCGAUUUUUUAUCUAAAACCAAAAGUUGCUAAGUUUAUUCGUAUUUAUUCGUUUGCAUACGCAAAGAUCGAUUUGUCACGAAUCGUAAUUCCUGAGUUCCAGGUUAAGUCAUCUGUUUCGGUCCAUACGGAUGAUUCCGUUACUGCGGUGGUUCCGCUGAAUUCCGCGCUGUAACCUGUAAGUAAAGAAAAGAAUAAUUAAUCAAAAUUAGCUGAAAUUUUCUAAAAAAGGAUACACGAUUUCAUCACAGGAAUCACUCGAUUUUGUUAACACUUGACAAGAAGA